AUGAAAGCACCACUAUCCACCACUGUUGUGUUAGCCCUAGGAUUACCUACGCUGGUUGCCACGUUUGCCCUUCCGCCACAUUUGCUUCGGCCGGGCAGAACUCAGACCCCACCGACACGGUGGCAAUCUCCUGGAAUUCUGGCGGCGGCGGACGACGACGACAACAGCAGCAGCAACGACGAAUCCUCAAAUCCACCUCCCACCGCACCCAAGUUGGUCUUGAGUGCGGAGGAAAUACAGAAACAAUUAUCUCAACUCAAGAGCAAAUAUCCCACUUCGGAAGCCGAUUUUUUGGCGGCGGCUCGGGCACGGGCAGCCGCCAAACCUGCAUCGGUCCAGCGAUCCGCCACGGACGAAGACUGGCAACAAAUCGCGCGGGAGAAAAAGGCCCAGAUGGGGGAGCUGGACGAUUGGGAAAACUCAGCCAAGGAAGCGGGCAAUGCGGAUUCGCAAAUUCUUAUUCCACUCGAAAUGCAGAACGAUGGGGAUGGCGAGGAUCCCGACGAACCAAAAUUGAUGCUGUUCUAG